GUGGAGCACCCCUCUCCUGACUACCUGUCAGCCAGCGUCAGUAGUCCUGGUGUACUGUCCACAGCCUCGGACCCUGAACAUGAAGACUGUGAUGGAGAUGUGAACGGGGACAGUCCCAAGACUCCUCCCAGCCGACCACAGAGGAAGGAGAAGAAAGACUACCCUAAACCAGCUAUCAACGGCCUGCCACCCACUCCUAAAGUCCUGGUGAAUGGGGCCUGUUUCUCCAAAAUUUGAUGGCUUCCACUGAAAAUCAACUGUGCCACGUCGUGGAUACACCCGGAUACCAAAGACCAGUACCUUAUAUUUGGGACAGAGGAUGGGAUCUAUACCCUCAACCUGAAUGAGCUGCAUGAAGCCACCAUGGAACAGCUGUUCCCCAGGAAGUGUACCUGGCUCUACAUCAUCAACAACAACCUGAUGUCUCUGUCAGGUGAGAAAACCUUCCAGCUUCACUCUCACAACCUAUUCGUCUGUUGAGCACUGAAGGAUAUGUCUCUGGACUGCUCUCAGUUCCACACACACCCCUUCCCAGACAACAAUCUACCUAGAAGGUUUGCCUUGACAACCAAGAUCCGCACAAAGGGCUGUCACAAGUGCUCGCAUUUGAGGAACCCCUAUACGGGCCAUAAGUACCUGUGUUGAGCGCUGCAGUCUGGGAUAGUCCUGCUACAGUGGUACGAGCCUAUGCAGAGGUUCAUGCUCAUCAAGCACUUUGACUUCCUGCCCAGCCCUCUGAAGGUGUUUGAGAUGUGUGUUCCAGAGCAGGAAUACCCCAUGGUGUGUAUAGCGGUCAGCCAGGCCACGGAGCCAGGCCGUGUCCGCUUUGAGACCAUCAACCUCAACUCCUGCUCUUCCUGGUUCACUGAGAUGGGACACGUAAGGAACAAACUGGAUGCCAUCCAUGUGACCCAGCUGGAGAGGGACACAGUGCUCGUGUGCCUGGACAAAAAUCUAAAGAUCGUGAACCUCAUGGGAAGAUUAAAGUCUAACAAGAAGCUAGCCUCAGAGCUCAGCUUUGACUUCACCAUCGGAUCCGUUGUGUGCCUUCAGGACAGUGUUCUGGCCUUCUGGAAGCACGGCAUGCAGGGAAAGAGCUUCAAGUCCAACGAGGUAUGUGUUACCGUGGUAACAAAACCAUUCAGUCACGUCAUCCGUAACCAUACUGUCACACUCUAGACAUGCUACACGUUGUCAAUCAAACUGAAUCUAAAUAUGAUUAUGGCUUGGUGGCUGUAACAAAACCUGACUAUAAUACAGUCAGAUCUAUACAGGAGGGGGAUUGGAAAGGCACCAGUCAGAUCUAUACAGGAGGAGGAUUGGAAAAGCACCAGUCAGAUCUAUACAGGAGGGGGAUUGGAAAAGCACCAGUCAGAUCUAUACAGGAGGGUGAUUGGGAAGGCACCAGUCAGAUCUAUACAGGAGGGGGAUUGGAAAGGCACCAGUCAGAUCUAUACAGGAGGAGGAUUGGAAAGGCACCAGUCAGAUCUAUACAGGAGGGGAUUGGGAAGGCACCAGUCAGAUCUAUACAGGAGGGGGAUUGGAAAGGCACCAGUCAGAUCUAUACAGGAGGGGGAUUGGAAAGGCACC